AUGGACCCAGAUACGUCAUGCUAUGAAUCAUCGCUCUCGUACAGCACUCGUCGCAUUCACUAUGAGCUACUUGGCAAAGUCACCACGGCAAAGGAGAAUGGACCGACUCCGAGCUCAACACCGGCUCUGAGCUUUGCUUCUUCUAUAACCGAUCCAGACUCGGAGGAUGAUAUGCUCGAGCUGACUCUCCCUUGGCUCGUCCUCAAGGCAUUCCCCCGACCUCGAAUACCCCCGCAUUUACGACCCGACACGUCGAAUUCGGUCACUGCGCCAAUGAAGACUAUCGCCAUACCAGUGCACAUCCUACUGGGCAGCCAUUCAAGCAUACGGAGAACAGAUCCCCCAUACUACGUCUUGCUCAGUACAUAUGUCAGCUAUGUAGUCCUCAUUGUAAUUGGUCAUAUGCGCGACUGGUUCGGGAAGAGGUUCUGGAGGGAAUCGUAUAAGCAUUUGAUGCCUCACGACGGUUAUGCCGCGUUGAACUCGGAUUUUGAUUCGUUCUACACCCGUCGUCUCAAGACCCGCUUGGAUGACUGUUUCUCUCGCCCCGUGACCGGAGUCCCCGGACGUACCAUUGUCCUGCUUGAUCGUGCCACCGACGACUACAACAACACUUUCAAAUUCACCGGCACCCAUACUCGCGCUCUCAACGUUUCCUCGUACAAUUACCUCGGUUUCGCUCAAGCUAGAGGUGGCUGUGCAGAUGCUGUUGAGGAUGGAAUCAGGCGGUAUGGUGUCAACGCUGGCGGAACCCGACUUGAAUGCGGAACACUUGAUUUGCACAUCCAGGCGGAAUCGUUGGUCGCUCGCUUCCUUGGCCAGGAAGACGCGCUUGUCACGUCUAUGGGUUUCGCUACCAACUCGACCACGAUCCCAGCGCUUGUUGGCAAGGGCUGCCUCGUGAUUUCGGAUGAAUUUAACCACGCUUCCAUUCGUUAUGGUGUUCGUCUUUCUGGUGCCAGUGUCCGCAUGUUCAAGCACAACGAUGACCCACCGGCCUUGGAAGAAGAUCUUGGUUGUCGUCGAGGGUUGUACUCGAUGGAAGGGUCUAUGGUCAACUUGCUUGAAAUCAUGGAAUUAAAGAGGCGCUACAAGUUCUUCCUCUAUGUCGAUGAAGCCCAUUCCAUUGGUGCUCUUGGUCCUCAUGGACGUGGUGUAGCAGAUUACUUCGGUGUUGACCCUCGCGAAAUUGAUAUUCUCAUGGGAACUUUCACAAAGUCUUUUGGUGCCUCGGGUGGAUACAUUUCUGGCUCUAAGGCCGUCAUCGACCGCCUUCGCCUCAGGUCUCACGCCGGAACGUACUGCGAAGCCAUCGCACCUGCCGUCCUCGUCCAAAUCAUUGCUUCCAUGGGAUCCAUCAUGGGCAUUUCACCACCCCUUCCUGCCGCGACGACCGUGGUCGGCCAAGAACUCGUUCCCGUUCAUCCCGGACCGGCCCCUGCCGAAAUGCUCCCAUCAUGGCUGAACCUUCCCCCCAUUUUGCGCGACGGUAGCGAAGGCCUUAAUCGUCUGAGGCGAUUGGCUUUCAAUUCACGCUACCUUGCCCGCGGUCUUCGCAAACUCGGGUUCAUCGUUUAUGGCCACACCGACUCUCCUAUCGUCCCCCUUUUGAUCUUCAACCCUGGUAAAAUGCACCUCUUUUCGCACAUGAUGCUCCGUCGCGAGACACCCAUUGUCGUUGUCGUCGUCGCGUAUCCUGCCACGCCCCUCGUCACUUCGCGAGUCCGGUUCUGCCUGAGCGCGGCGCACACCAAGGAGGAUAUCGAUGAGGUCUUGAGGGCGUGCGAUGAAAUCGGUGAUGCUCUCGACUUGAAGCACGGUCUGAGCAUGAGCGAGCGAUGGACUGUCGAUCAAGUCAUCGAUAACUGUUUAGAAAUCGUCAAGGACGACUAG